CCGGCGCUGGAGGCUCCUGGCCGGGCACGGGAGCGGGAGUUCGUGCCGUGGCUUUUCCCUCCGUGCCGCUCGCAGCUCCGGCCCGCUCGCCCCGGGGCUCCCCAAAAGCCCGGAGCUUCUCGGGGGGCACCGCACAGGAGGGCAUCCCCCGGGCACCAUCCCGCGCCCCCCGGCCAUGGCGGGCCGGCUCCUGCCCCCCGACCCCAGCCCGGCCCUGGGGGUGGAGGACGUUCCCCGCCUCCUCCCCGCCCCACAGGUGUCCCCGCAGCACAGGGUGCCCAUCAUCCGCCACCGCGGCUCCAACACCCUCAACUUCCACUUCCACGAGCCGGAGAGCCGCGGCACCGCCCAGAACAGCCCGGGAGCUCCCAAGAGCUCAGUGAAUGAGUGGUACCAGACCUGGCCAGCCAAGGAGCCCAAAGCCCCCAGUACCCAGGUGCCCGCCCAGCCCAGCCCCAGCCCCAGGGCCGCCCCGGGCUGGUCGGCGACCUGGACCAAGGACAGCAAGCGGCGGGAGCGGCGCUGGGUGAAGUACGAUGGCAUCGGGCCCGUGGACGAGACGGGGAUGCCCCUGGCAUCUCGCUCGAGCGUGGACAGCCCCCGGGACUGGUACCGCAGCAUGUUCCGGCAGAUCCACCGCAAGCUGCCAGAGCCCGACUGGGACACCCAUUCCUGCCCCACCACGGCGCCUCCAUCGCCCCCCAAGCCGCGCAGGAGGGGCUCGGCCCCGGCUGAGCCCCCCGGGAUGCCCAACGGGAUGGACUGGACCCGCUGGGGCGGCACCGGUGCCACCGCCGAGCCUGGCAGCAUUUUUGACUACGAACCAGGGGAGUUCUGUCCGCGGGAGCAGAGCCCGGCAGCAGCGCGGCCGAAGCGGGCUCAGUCCAUCGAGGUGCUGCUGGAGCAGGAGCUGGAGCAGCUCAGCGAGGAGCUGGACAAGGACAUGAGGGACAUGGAGACGCGCCGGGCACCCCGCCAGAGCCCGGCCGCUGCUCCCACCGCUCGCUCCCCCGCUCCGGCCUCCCCGGCUGCUCGGAGCCCCCUGUCACCCCAGCGGCUGUGGAGCCCCCCUGGCACCCAGCACUCAGCUGCCACCCCCAGCAUGGAGCGGGCUGGGCUGGGGCUGGCCAGUGACCGGAGCCCUGGCAGAGACACCCUCAGGCCAGGGACCCUGCCCAGCCUGUCGGACCUGGGGGAGCCCGUGGAGGCCGUCAGGAGGGAGGAGAAGAAGAUGAAAGCUGCUCGCCUCAAGUUCAACUUCCAGGCUGAGUCUCCCAAGGAGCUGACGCUGCAGAAGGGCGACAUCGUCUACAUCCACAAGGAGGUGGACAGGAACUGGCUGGAGGGGGAGCACCACGGCCGCGUGGGCAUCUUCCCCUCCAACUACGUGGAGAUCCUGCCGCCCACCGAGGUGCCCAAGCCCAUCAAGGCUCCCACGCUGCAGGUGCUGGAAUACGGCGAGGCGCUGGCGCUCUACAACUUCCGAGGGGAUGUGCACGUGGAGCUCUCCUUCCGCAAGGGCGAGCGGAUCUGCCUGGUGCGCCGGGUGAACGAGAACUGGUACGAGGGGCGCAUCUCGGGCACCAGCCGCCAGGGCAUCUUCCCCGCCACCUACGUGCAGGUGCUGAAGGAGCCGCGGGUCAAAACCACGGCCGAGGACAUCCCCGCCUCCCCCGGCCCCGCCAGCCCCCGGUCCCCGGCCCUGCAGCGCUCGCCCGGCCCCCGCAGCCCCCAGGCUCCCGCGGGGUCCCCCCGGGAAGCCAAGCGGGGUCCCGGCGUCGGUGCCACCUUCCCCCCGUCCCCAAAGCUGCCCCACGCCGGCACCCCCAGCCCCUUGGUGGCUUCUGCCAGCCCCCCACACCCUGCGGAGCCGCGGCGUCCUGGCUGGAGCCCCGAGCAGCGCCCGACCCCGGCGGUGGCACAAAGCAGCGCCCGGCCCGAGCCCGCCCCGUCCCACAACGGCUCCGAGAUCCGGUGGACUCCGUACCGGGCCCUGUACCAGUACCGGCCCCAAAACGCCGACGAGCUGGAGCUGCUGGAAGGGGACAGGGUGGAUGUCAUGCAGCAAUGCGACGACGGCUGGUUCGUGGGAGUGUCCAGGAGGACGCAGAAAUUCGGCACUUUCCCCGGGAAUUACGUGGCGCCGGUGUGACCCGCGGCCGUGGGCACCGCGGGGGCUUCCCCGUGUCCCGCCGUGUCCCCGCCGUGUCCCGCCGUGUCCCCGCACGGGGAUGAAGCGCCUCCAGCUCCCUCCCGCCCCUAUGGGGCUGCUUCUAACAGGGACGGAUCCCCCAGCGCGGGCUGUCUCCCCCGCCCCGCUGCCUUAACGCGCCCCCUCCUCACCGCUGCCGGUGCCACCGGGCCGGGAUCGCUCUGCCCGGUGCCGGGCCUGACCAUGACGGCCGGGCCGCGCCGUGCGGGUCCGCGUCCGGGAGUCGCCUUCGCUUCUUUUCCGUCAUUAAAGCUCCGCUCAGCGCCGCUCUGGGAGU